ACAAUUUGAUAUUUUCUUAUUUAUAUUAUAAUUAAUUUCCAAAAUUGUAUACUUGUCUAUAAAUAAUGUCAAUAUAUAAUUUGUUUGAUAAUGUGAAUUAACCAUUACAAAAUGAAGUGUAAUAUACGCGAACUCGCUCAUCUGAGUGAUCAACCUUGUACAAUAGAAGGAAGAUUGAAUUAUAAAAAGAUAACAAAUGCCAGUUACCGUCAUCAAUCAGUAUUCAAGGAAAGAUGGUUUCGUCUCAUCAAUAAUUAUUUAUUCUAUUUUAAAAUAAGUGAUAUGGGGAAAUUUGACACUAAAAAUCCAGCUGGAAUACUUAUACUGGAAAAUUCAUCUAUUCAGAAGGACAGUGAUCAAAGCAUACCAUUUUCAUUUUCUAUAUCAUUUCAAGAUGAACCUGAAAAGCGACACAUUUUUGCAGCCCGAGCGGAAGAGAAUGUCGCACAGUGGGUCUCGAAAAUUGAAAAAUGUACAUAUGAGUAUUUGCGAAAACGACUUUAUGAACUUCAGUCCAGAAUAUACUCUAUUACAAGCAAGGAUCCGCUACUCCUAGUGCCAAGAAAUGAAGGUGCUUGUCUUUGGGCACCGUCAAUUCCUUUCUCUACAACACCAGCAUGCACUGUAAAUACUACAUCAUUCAGCUGUCACCUCCACGCAAGUGGCGGUUUUUCAUUGGAAAGAAGCAAAUCUGAUGUACAAACACAUAAAAAAUUUAAUGUGGAGUUUUCUAAGAAAGCAACAUUCUAUACUGGUGAACAUAAUCAGAAUACGGAAUCUAAAGAACACAGCAUAAACAACAAUUUUGCAUUACAAAGAAGCAAAACUUCAGCGCUGUCUACUGGGAACAUAAAUCCAACAAUUUUUGAUAACCGACCUGCUUUAUCGAGAGCAGCGCCUAGUCCUCCAGCGCGUGUGAAAUUGUUGACUGCAAGUACACGCGCUGAGACCAACGAUAUAAGUAAAACCUUUACUGAACACGGGAAGUUAUUAGCUACGACUGGUAUAUUAGAUAAAACACCAAUACCGCCUAAACGUAAAGUUUCGCCAAAGUAUCUAGAUGUUCGCGAUGGUAAAAAAGAAGAAUGUAGUGAUAAACCAUUAGAUAUGAUGUCUGAUGAUCUUAUUCAGUUUUAGUGAACAGAUUAUUUGUUUUGCUAUCCCACCUAAUGAAGUGUAAAUGAAAACUUGCCCUGUAAUUGCAAUUUUUUUUGUUUGUAAUUAAACUUAAAGGUGAAUACAAUGCCAACAACAUCUGCGAGACGAAGGUAGGCGUGUCUCUUGUUUCGUUGGCUUCUUUGGAUUUGUGGGCAAUUUGAGAUUUACAACAAUCCACAAGAUUCUCUGCCAACUUAUUUUGACUUGUUACCUACGUGUUAGAUACGUAUAUUUUUCGAGUAUGAUUUAUUAUAUAAAUAUUGUACAAUUCAAAUUUACUAAUAUUUUGUAAUAAUGAAAU